ACCAGAAGAUGUAUAUAAUUACUGAAUAUUCUCGCUGAAACCUUAACCUGACAGGUUUAAUUGCAGCAGAAGCUCAACCAUGGCACCCCAGUCAGCUGUCAGGCUCCCAGUCAUAGACCUUUUUGAUGAGAAUUCCGUGCCUGGAACUGCCUCUUGGGUCUCCAAAUGCAAAGAUGUUCGACUUGCGCUUGAGGAAUAUGGCUGCUUCCUAACACCUUAUGACAAAGUUUCUUUACAGCUUCAGGAUCAAGUCUUUAACUCCGUGCAAGAAUUGUUUGCUCUUCCUACAGAAAAGAAGGUCCAAAACACUUCUGAUAAACCUUACUUCGGCUACUUUAAACAUCCAUUGAUUCCUCUCUCUGAAAGCAUGGGCAUUGAUGGUCCAACCGUUCUUGAAGGAACUCAAAGUUUCACAGAUCUCAUGUGGCCUAAUGGCAACAAAAGAUUCUGUGAAAGUGUACAUACGUACGCAAAGCUAGUAUCCCAACUUGAUCGAAGGGUGAAAUACAUGGUGUUUGAAAGUUACGGUGUAGGGAAGUACUUUGAUUCUCACAUCGAUUCCACCAGUUAUCUUCUUCGACUCAUCAAAUAUAGACUACCCAAGGAAGAGGAAACUAAUAACUGCGGCUUUCCACACACUGACAAGAGCUUCUUAACCAUACUUCAUGACAAUCAAGUUGCCGGCCUGGAGAUAAAAACUAAAGAUGGCAGGUGGAUUGGUGUUGAGCCCUCAGGUUCAAUGUUCAUAGUCAUGGCCGGUGAUGCAUUCUUGGCAUGGAGUAAUGGAAGAGUACACUCCGCACUUCAUCGUGUGGUUACGAAUGGCAAGAAGGAAAGAUAUUCCCUUGGGUUUUUUUCGUUCAGCGGUGAGACCAUACGAACGCCAGAGGAGCUGAUCGAUGAGGCUCAUCCUUUGCUCUUUAAGCCCUUUGAAAAUAUUGACUUACUCCGGCUCUAUUCCCUUGAUGAUGUUCGGAAAUAUUCUCAAAAGUUUAACGACGAGGCCAUGUGUGGUGCAUAAUUAAGUACUCAAGACUUCUUAAUAUAUAUUAAAUGACAUAAAUAAAUCUUACA